AUGUUCGCCACCACCUUCCUGCCGAGGGGAGCGGCCGGGCAGCACUGGGUUGCCAACCUGGCCCCCGCGGGGGAGGACGCGCUCGGGCGCGCCCGCUUCGCGCUCGAGGGGUGCCCGGAGGACCUGCACCUCGUCCGCGCCGGCUCGCGGGACCUCUUGGAGUGUCGCUCGGGUGCCAGCGCAGCGCGACGAAAGUGGACGUACCACUCGGACCUCAGGGGUGGCUGCCCCUCGCUGAAGGACCCUCUGGUGCUCCCCGACGUGGAGGCAGAAAGCCCGAGCUUCUGGAAGGCGGUGGCCGACCUGCGCGGCGGGUCCUGGAGCGAUGACUCCUGGGCGAUGCAGAGACCGGUCGCGCCAGUAUUAUGGGAAGCUUCCGACGGCAGCGGACGAGCGCAGAUCCGCCAUCUUGACCCGUGGAUACACCAUGGAGACGCCUCUGCGCCGCGGGCUGGACCAGGCCUCCCUGCGGGACGAUCUCAGCGGGUUGCGCUAUUUCGCCGACUACGCCCAGGAGCUCCUGGACCUCUUCCGCGUCGGCCGGCCCGAGGGCUGCCCGGGGCAGCCGUUCGAGGGCGCCGCCUACCGCUGGGUCGUCGUGGAGGACCCAGUCGAGUCCCUGCGGCACUUCGCAGUCGGAGAGCGCCGGCACUGGCGCGCGCUCACGUCCAUGAGCACCUGCAAGUACGAGGCGCUGGACCCGUCGCUCUCCGCCAUCGUCCUGGAGAUCAGCUGCCCGGUCGACAGGCGAGGAGAGUACCUGCCGCUCCGGCUGCCCCCCGCGCCCGACAGAGACGAGGAGGUGGCUCCCUUCGCCGCGUUCGGGGGUCGGCCGCUGGUGAGGUGCGAGCUGGCGGGAGACGCCGGAUGCCGCGCCUCCGGCUCCGCCGCCCGGGGGCUCCACGGCGCGGCCGCGGGCGGCGGCGCCGCUGCGGUCGCAGGCCGCGGGGAAGGCGCGGCCCAG